UUAGUUUUAUUUUGUCUAGACAAAAAUGGAAGUGUUAAAAGUUAGGUAUCUUGAUUUAGAACCUAAUUUAUAUAUAGAUAAUAGAAAUGUCAAUUAAAAUAGUUGUUGAUUUCUCUGUUGUGACUGGUUUCUUUUUAUCAUGGAAACAGCACCAUCUUUUGUCGAGGAAAUCGAUUUUCAGGAGCUUAAAUUCAAAGAGAUUGUUGGUAAAGGUGCUUUUGGUGUAGUGAACAGGGCACAAUGGCGUGGAAAAGAUGUUGCUGUAAAACGAAUAGAGACAGAGUCCGAGAAGAAAGCCUUCAUGCAGGAGUUGAAACAGCUUUCUCGAGUCAACCACCCAAACAUAGUCAGGCUAUAUGGAGCCUGUCGUGAGCAGCGAGUUUGUCUUGUUAUGGAGUAUGCAGAAGGAGGGUCUCUUUACAAUGUUCUUCAUGGUUCGGGCCAGCAACCAGACUUCACAACAGCUCAUGCACUAAGCUGGUGUUUACAGUGUGCAAGGGGGGUUGAAUAUCUCCACAACAUGAAGCCCAAGGCCUUAGUGCACAGAGAUUUAAAACCUCCCAAUCUCCUGCUUGUGAAUGGAGGAACAAUUCUAAAAAUCUGUGAUUUUGGUACAGCCUGUGACAUACAGACUCAUAUGACCAACAACAAGGGGAGUGCAGCCUGGAUGGCCCCUGAAGUUUUUGAAGGCUCUAAUUACAGUGAAAAAUGUGAUGUGUUCAGCUGGGGGAUAAUAUUGUGGGAGGUAUUAACUAGAAGAAAGCCUUUUGAUGAGAUUGGUGGACCAGCUUUUAGGAUCAUGUGGGCUGUACACAAUGGCAAACGUCCACCACUUAUACAAAACUUUCCCAAACAAUUUGAAGGACUAUUGACAAGGUGUUGGGCAGGCAACCCAUCAGAACGUCCAUCAAUGGCAGACGUAGCCAGAGUGAUGAAUAUAGUAUGUCAGUUUUUCAAAGGUGGGGAUGAACCUUUGGUCAUUUCAAGACAUCAUGACAUGGACAUGGAGGAUGAAGAUUACGAAUCGGUUGAGGGACAGUUUAUGAUGCCUAAUGCUGGUACCACUGGAGGGGAAUCUAGAGCCAGCACCAUCAUCAACACAUUUCGUUACCACGAACCUCGUCCAUCAUACCCUACACCUGUGGUGGUGGAGGAUGAAAGCAAGAAGCCCAGGGGUCAGAUGAGUGCCCCACCAUCCCUGGCAGCAAGCCGCGAGAGCCUAAUAGAGCCUAGAGGGUCACGAUCUGCAACUCCAGUAGACACUAGCAAGCGUUUUUCUGCAGACUUCACAAAACUGGAUGAACUGGACUUGUCUGGUCAGCAUGUGAUGCCCCCACCCCACAGGGUGGCAGGUCACCGGAGGUCAGGGUCACAAGGAACUACCCCGGCAUAUGUCUUAGCAACAGCAGGCCCACAAUACAUGCAGAUUCCCCAUGAGCCCAAACCUGGCCAUUCUGGCUCAAUGGACAACAUCCUGCUCCCCGCGUCAGUUUGUACCCCACUUCAAAUUAUUAUAACAUCCUCAUCACCUCCUGCAGGUAUGGGGCAUCGGAGAAUUGGCUCAGACGAGUCGUCCUCCAUCACUACCCCUCUUUCCAUCAACACAGGUAGCCCCAUCACUAACCCUGUCCAUCAUAGCAACACCUACCCGAGUCAGCUGGGUCAGAUUGGUCGAUCAAUGCCCCGGCCAGGUGGCCCAUUCCCAUCCUCGCCAUCAAGAUCUUUGUCUUACCAGGUGCCCGGGCAUGAGCCAGGGGCAGCAUCUCUCUCUACAGACUAUCAUUUGCCCCAAAUGGCUCGACAUGGCCAUGAAGCGGCUUUCAGCAGUAUUGAGAAUGCUUACAGUAGUGAUCAGUACUUCUCAUUAGAGCCACAUUUACAGCCCAUUCCUCCAUGUAUCAGCAACAAGGAAUCUAUGCAAAUAUUUGAAGAACAUCGAGCUUUGGCUCAGCAAUACUUAAGAAUGCAAGCUGAGAUUGCUGUCUUGACACAAAGAAAACAUGAGUUAAAGAAAGAAAGACAACACCAAGAAGAAAGAAGUUUACACAACAGAUCUCACUUGGCAGAUGUUGAAGAAUACACAAAACUGAUGGCUGAAAAUGAAAGUUUGUUAAGUGUUCAUCGAGAUUUAAAAGCUCAAGUAGAGAUGUAUAGAAAACAGGCUGGAACCAAGCGUAUAGGAUGAGGACAGAAUGAGGAGAGGAGAGGGGACUGUAGAGUGUGGGACCAGACUGGAACAACUGACACAUGACUUGGAUGAAGAGAUUUCAUUGGUAGAGGAAAAAAGUAGCCAGUGGCUGCCAUUGGCUGAGUUUGUUAUUUUCAAUGACAAUAAAACUGCUAGAGUUAUGGACUAAAUUAGAAUUUUCAAUGAAACCUGAACCCACUGAAUGGAAAGAAUUAAUAGCUUGGUAUUUAGUGUGUUUACAUUAUAGAAAGUGACUUUCAUUGUUUUCUGGCUUUUUGUUCCUAGAAAUUAAUUGCUGCCCAAUGAAUGGCUACAUAGUAACAGUUUUAGGAUCCAUUUUAGAUGAAACUUUCAUAAUGUAUAUUUGAAGCAAUGCAAUUAAUGUGGAACCAAUGUCAAAUGACCCAGUUCAUUGUUUAUAGGAAUACCAUCUUCUCCUGGCUUUUGCCCAUUCUCAAGCAUUUCAAAGACUCCUGGUAGAUCUGGACAGAGUGGACUGGAAGAAAACCUUUUCAAUCUGAUUGAGUUUGGCCUAGACUCAUCAUUCCAUUGCUGCAACAAGCAGUCUCUCACUACUAUGCAGACUUGAACUAGCAGGCACACUUGCUGGUAUGUGGUCUAUCAGCUUUUCUCAUGUCUCUUUAUGUUUUACCUGUCAGCACAAGACAGGAUACUUUGACAGAGGUCCUGACAAUUUGGUUUUGGCACAUUGUCUGGCCAUUUGUUUGGGUAGUACUUCUUGUUUAAUUUGGGCUCUUAUAUUUUAGCAAGGCUUCUCUCUGGCAGUUUUCAAUUCUGGUAGACUUGCCAACUCUCUUUUUGUUUCUAUUAGCAAGGACUUAAGAUGAAGUUUGGUAGAUAGCAUCACAUUUAAACAUUUAAACUUUUCUCAUCACCCAGUCUGUUGAAGACCAUGUCCAGUUGUUUAUUUAUUUUUUCAGUGUGGAAAUUGGGAUUAGCUGUGCUUGAGUUUCUGAAAAAUCUGGGAUGUGCAGAUUUUAGUGUCUUAUCUGUCACAGUCAGUACUUUAAUAGCUGCAGGGAGCAGUAUGUUGCCUCACUCUCACUUGUCAUUGAGUGCAAAUGCCCAGACUUAGGAUGUCUCCAUGAGACAUGGUGUUGUGGCUUUCUUUUAAAAUACAUAAUAUUGAUGCAGAGUUUGUGGUACUUGUGAAAUUCAAGCAUUGUUUGGCCAUUCUCAAUCAUCUUCCCAAUUAUGAAAAGUCUUCAAUAAAGUCUGGCCAAGUGAUUCUGGCAUUGACGUUUCUUAGAAGCAUCAAAUGCUUGUUUUGGGGUGUGGACAGUAUAGAAGCACUACUUUCCAUUCAACAGUAACACCUAUGGGUGAUGCAGACAUGCCUACAGUCCCGCAUUAUGCGGAACCGUCCCGCAAAAGCAUCAAAAAAGCUCACAUGUUCCGCCGUUCCGCAUUCACGAUUUUUUGUUCCGCCAAGUCUUAAUUCCGACACAAAAAAAAAAAAAAAAAAUCGCCGAUUUUUCAUUAUUUAUUAAUAAUGCGAAAUUAAAAUACUGAAUGCAAAAUAAAAUAUAUAUAGGUCUGUGUUUAUUGUUUACAUUUCAUCUUCUCCCGG